AUGGCCCUCAGCUUCCUUACGGGGGCGGGAAGUAGUAAUAGCGCAAAGUUCUUCGAUAUCAGGCUCGACGAUGAGUACAUUGUAUUCCGCGGCAACGAAGAGGAGGCUGCGAGCGCCCACCUCCGCGGCAAGCUGGUCUUGUGUCUUAGCGAGCGCCUUACAACCAAACACAUCAGGUUGACCCUGACAGGAGUCUCUAAGGUUGCGAAUCGUAACUCAACUAGCUCGUCUAAGAAGAGUGCAAAGGAACGGACCUUCUUCGAAAAGACCUGGACGUUCCGAGAUGCCGGGAAGAACAAGACCGAGACCUUGGAGGCAGACAACUAUGAGUACCCAUUCGACAUUGUCCUCGAAGGUUCCUUGCCCGAGAGUGUCGAGGGUUUGUCAGAUUCAUUCGUCAUGUACCGAUUCAAGGCAGAAAUUGGGCGAAGAAUCUCAAAAGAUAUAGUGAUCCGAAAACCCUUGAGGAUUAUUAGGACGUUGGACUCUAGUGCGCUGGAAUUGGCACAUGCUAUGACUGUCGCGAAUGUAUGGCCGAACAAGAUUGAAUACUCAAUCAGUACACCGAGCAAAGCCGUGAUAUACGGAACAUCUGUGUCGGUCGAAUUCCGCUUGGUAUCACUGCUCAAAGGCCUCAAAAUAGGCAACAUCACAACCCAGGUGGUGGAGACGCAGGAAUUCAACCUCAACCCUGAAGCUGUUUCCACCUUUCUGAACCAUCACAGAACUAGCAGGGUUGUUGCCGACGACGAGUACACGGUUCCUGAGGACCCGGAGAUCCUUGACGAAGAGGCUGAAGGCUACAAGUUCUCCAGACACCUUGAGCUCCCCAAAUCAUUGACCAAAUGCAUGCAAGAUGCAGAAACGAGGGGCAUUAAGAUCAGGCAUAAGCUCAAAUUCAACGUUCUAUUACACAAUCCUGACGAUCAUACCUCGGAACUUAGAGCAACACUUCCAGUCUCACUUUACAUCUCUCCAUCCCUCGCCCUCAACGAAAACAACGAGCUGGUCGACCAAACACCAGUAGCUGCUCGUCGUGCGAUCGAGACUGACAUCUCACAUGCAGUCCCGCCACUAUACAGAGAUCACCAGCUUGAUCAGAUGUAUUCGGACGUGGAUUUCAGUGGCUACAGUACACCAGGCAACUUUUCGAUUCCCAGCACUCCGUUUGGGAGUCACUCGCGGAAUCUGUCUUCCGAAAAUCUUUCCUCACUAGAUACAGUAAUGCCAGGUGGGACCGAAGUUCCAUCCUCCAGCAUCACAUCUGGCGAUGUCUCCGCAGCAGCGCUGAGGCACAGGUUACAGAAUCUCAGGUCCAGACCUGCUCCCCCAACCCCUGAAAGUCUGCCUGAACCUGGUCCUGAUUCCUUGAGACGGCCUCUGGCCACAAACAGCGUCCACCAGGGGGACUACUUUUCAAGGGGGUGCUCGUCAAGAAGAUCGCAUUCUCGAAGCAGUCCAACUCGAUCGCGUUCCGUUACACCGGGACAAGACCGCUCCUCACUGGUCAGUGAAGACAACUUCUCCCGAAGAACCAGCGACGAAGACUAUAUUACCAUGCCAACAGGCACACAAACUCCGGGGCCCCAAUAUCUAGAGGUUGAAUAUCUCUCUCGUAUCCCGUCAUACUCGACAGCCGUCCGGGCCUCAGCGCGAACGCCUUACUCGGGAUCCGAUCUUCCCACGUAUGAUGCUGCGACAUCUCUGUCUGCGUCGCCGAACGCCGCGUCUGUGUUGGCGGAGCAAGCAUCAAGCAGUCGUGGGAGAGGACCCAUUGCCGGUAUCCCAGGUCCAGGGACGUCGUCGCCGAGAGGUGGAUCUUUGCUGUUCACUACUGGCAAUCCACACGAACCGGGAAGGACGGGAAGGAACGGCAUGUCGGGAAAUAUGCAUGAACGAACAAUGGGAGAGAUUCAAGACGAGGAGAGGAGAUUGAGGUUGAUGCAAGCUAGGGGAAGAGGCUGA